CGCGUCGGCCAUCAUGGUCUCGGGCAGAAGGGAAUUUGGGAUCGUGACUAACGGCGAACUAUGACGGGAUGACGAUCACAGGCUAGACGCACGAAACGGCGCCUGUAUCUGCGAGAAAAAAUAAACGUCAUCCGAACGGGGAAGCGGCUCCCAGUACCAGGGAGGAGAGCGGAAGUGGGCGGACAGAGCGCCGGAAGUCGGGGAAGUAAGUUAGACGGUCUGUCCUCCUGUGAAGCGUUCUCCCGUUGUACUCGGUAUCCAUUGACAUGGCGGAAUCUUGUCGGACGGCGGUGGAGGAAGGAGCCGCGUCCAGCACCGUGACCGAGAACGAGGCCCAGCCGGAACCGCGCUCGCUGACCAUAAAGCUGAGGAAGAGGAAACCUGAUAAGAAGGUGGAGUGGACGUGCGACACGGUGGAUAACGAGAACCUGGGAAGGCGCUCCUCGAAAUGCUGCUGCAUCUACGAAAAACCGAGGGCAUUCGGCGAAAGCUCAACCGAGAGCGAAGACGAAGACGACUACUGCAAUAGCUCUCACUGUAUCCGGGGCCACAAAAAGAGUACACCUGGGGGCAAAGAGACACCUCCGCCAAGCCACGACAGCGCCAGCAGCAUGCAGCACUGAGACAUCAGGGCGAAGAGUGACCGAGUGCAUCCUAAACAUUGCCGUUCCCAGCGGCCGCUACUGCCUCAUGUACUGUGACUGUCUCUCUUUCCGACUGUGACAGACACCAGGGCAGAGAGCCGCCUCUGUAUUCAGGUCUUUGUAUUGAGAUGCAGCCGGUGAGAGUCCGGGGGAAGUCGGUGUAGAGCGGUUGACCUGAUGGCUCGGUCUGGGGAGGGUUCAUUGAUGAGACUAUAACAUAUCGGUGACCAUUCUCACACAUGUGCUCUGUCAUUCUCGUCCCUGCUGACAUCAUGGCUCAUCUGCUGGCCUCUAACUUAUUGAAUGUACAUGCAUGGCGCAUCCCCUUCCUCUGCUGAUAUUCAGUGGCUUCCACAAUUGCUUCAGACCAAUAUAACAUGAUAUAUCCUACUGAAUGUAUUUAUUGACCAGCCUUCUCUAAAUUAUACCGCCAGAAAACUCCCAUGAAAUGGGACUAUAGUUAUUGCAACUUGAGGAAAGUAUCAGUAAAGGGCACUUACCCCUUAGAUUGUUGGCUUCAGUGUGCCCACUAUUCCAGCCUCGACAGAAGUUGUCACCUGCUUUGCCGGACAACCGGACAAUAGAUCUGCCUAUUUAUGCAGUUCUAUAGGCAUAUGUAGCCGAACAAUUUGGUUUGCUCUUCAGGAGUCUUAGUUGCGUGGGUUCUUGUUGUCUAUAGGGCAUGUGGACAUUAAAAGGCCUCAUUGACAAGACCGUAGGGCCGACAUGCCGGUGUGGCAGACAGCGGGUCUACAAAACGUGUUUCGGCCGUCUGCACUCCACAUUGCAGUGCGGGCCUACUGACUUCAACGGGUCUGCAAAAUGCGGGGAAAGAUAGGACAUGUACUUUCUUUUGUGACGCAGAGGCAUCAACCCGGAAACGCACGGAAACCCUUCCUUGGGCUUCUGGGUCGCUGCCUCUGGACCACAAAAGAUAAAACAUGUCCUAUCUUUCGCCGCAGAUUGCGGACCCGUUGACGUCAGCGUUUUCUGGUCUGCAACACAGGCAUGGCGGCCCGAUGGUUGUGUGUAGGAGGCCCAAUCCCAAGCAGAAGACCCUCUGUGUUAGACCACAUUCCCCCUGUAAUUGAAAUGUGUGACCUCCUGCAGCCUCCCUACUGAUCACCACCAGGACAUUUUGGGAAUAGGCUAUCCGGAUGGGGUAGCCUUCAUAAUUUCGACUGCAGAUCAUCCAUCUUUUCCAUGGACUGAGACACCUGAAUAGAAUUGUUGACAGAAGAGGAGAACUCAAGGACUUGUAUUUCCUUAUCGUUUGUAAGGAGGAAAUGCCCUUUAAGUCCUACAGUAAACAAUCAUUUGGUUGAGCAGCCAGUCAGCUGUAUAUGUGACUAGUAGGGAUUACGCCUUACAGUCUGCGGGGGUAGGCUGACAAGAUGGCCGAUUUCUUGGUACUGUCUCCUGCACCAUCACCUUCGUGAUUCCACUUGAUUUCUUCGCUCUCUACCCUUUGAUCGGUCGGGUUUAUUGAGAGGCACACAGCUGUGACGUUGGCCUUUCGAUUACCUUAGUGACCCCAUUAGCAUGGGUCCCCUCGAUAUUACUGUUCAGUUUUCUUUUGCUCUUUAUAGAAAACUAUAUUGUUGUUUUUUUUUUUUUUCUUCUUCUUGGAAUUAAAUGAUUUUGUUUUGUU